CGGAGUUGGAGUUGAACUUCGACGGAGUUGCCCAGCCCUGAAAACAGUUAUGUACAUUAUAUGUGAAAUUAUAUGAACGAUAAUAUUAAUAAUUGUCUUGUCUUAUUCAUUUACGUAUGUUCAAGACAUAUUUUUGUCUCUUUCGUGCCCACUAUUCAACAGCGAAUUGUUGAUCAUUUCAUAAUAUUCUGGAGAAUGAAAAAAGUAAUGUUAGUUGUUGACUUGUUAAUGACGUAGAAGGACACGAUAUGAAUCAUGAAAACGUUAUUGUGCUAGAAUCAACCUGAGUUAUAUGACCUCUUCCAAAAGCAACACUGAGACUACGUCUAAUUCUACCCUUUCUGUUCAUUAUAAUCGGUUUCGGUUAACUGUAACUGGUGUAUGCCUAAUAUCAGCUCCCUGGAGUCGUUUUUGCACCUUUUUAACUGCCUGUCUUCCUUUCUUUAUAGGUAACCUAUCGGACGGUAGCUGUCUCUUAGUCAGUUCGUUUGGUGAUCCUCUGAGACAAGGCGAUAAAUUUGGUAUUCUACUCAAUUUAACUCAGAGUGAAAUGAAAGUUUAUUUCUUCCUGAACGACAAACCAUUGGGUUUAGCAUUUCAUCUGCAAGCACCAUAUCCGAAGCCUCUGUUUCCAAUCGUCGGUUUUACAUACAGUGGUAAAGCUACUAUCACUCGUUCACAACAAAUUCCAACUUCACUCGAUCGUCAGGCAGCACAGUUCACCGAUAUUGAAGGACAUUGGAAAUUGGUUGACUAUCCACAACAUAGCGAUUGCACUGGCUUUAAAUUUCAUCUGUUUAAACAGGAGGCAAAUACUUUUAGCCUAUCAACAAGUGUUAUUAAUCAUCUCAGUUGUAAACUUCAAUAUGAUCCGUCAACAAAUAAAUGGCAUCACCAAGACGCUAUAAGUACAAUGAUGGGAGGUGAUUCGGAAUCGAUGCGAAAAGAAGGUAUUAUUAAUCAUUUGAUCGCUCAUAUACAAACUAUUGAACCUCAAGGUCAAAAAUUGGUUAUUACAUCAACUGAUGGGGAUAAAGUUGUACUGGAACGAUAUACGCCUGAUGCACCGCAGGCACAUACGAAAAAUGUUUUCUCAAAUGAAGAUUAA